AAUUGAAAGACAUUUAUGGUAUUUAAGUUUAUUAUUCUCCUCCGAAGGAUUAUUAAAAAAGGCCGCCCUUCCCACUAAUUCCUAAUAAUUAUCACAUCCAGACACCCUGUGAUUAUCCAAAAGUAAAAACCAAUCUUACGGUUAUCGGGGAAAUGGGAAUUGACUACGAAUUUGGGCUGGAAAAGCCGAGAGAUAUCAGGAGCUUAUUGGAAUUGACCUCUCUGGAAUCAUCUGCCGCCUUCUCCACAGUUUGUUAAUGGAGGUUUUGAUUGAUAAAACUGUCUCCCGUAUUUAUGUACGGUCUGGAUGCUUUGCUCAUAACGCCUUAAAUCGCAUAUUUUUUCGACACACUUUUUUCCCUCCACUAUCGUCCCUUUGUCCAGAGUUGGGAUGCUUUGCUAAUGGUGGUCUUCAUUCAUGACCACCAUAUAAAAUCAUGAUUCCAGACAAGGUUUUUCAAUCCUUUAUUUUUGUGGAACCCGAUGCUUUGCAGAAAUUCCUUUUAAUGGGAACUAUUGAGGAAGUCUUUGAAGUUGCGUCGUGCUCUUCUGCUGAGCAAUGUCAAGCCUUUACCAGUCUCUCUUGGAUCGCACCCAAGACAAUCACAUGGCUCGGUCCAUUGAUUCUGGUAAUUGGGAAGGAGUUUCAGUCAAGAUUGAUGAUGGAAAUCUUCAUCUUCCACCAAAUGAAGUCUCGCUCAGAGCGAAGGCCUUGACUGAAGAACGAGAUGAACUAACCAAGAGUGGUCCAUCAAUGGGGCAUGAAAGCCGCCGGCGCCUUGAAGAUGUGUUGGUGUCUACUUCCAUUCUAUCUUCUUGGGGACACUCAAGGCGGGUGAGGGGUGCGACUCAGUCGAGGCUAAUGGACCCACCUUCAAGUUUAUUGAGGAAAAAUGAUGAUGAGGAGGAUGACAUGGAUGAAGAUAUGCUAGAAGAUUAUGCGCUAAACAAGUGCAGUGUGCUAACAAUGGCUGAAUGGGUGAGUCUUGUUUUAGUCAUAGCAGCUUUGUUUUGCAGUCGUUCAAUACCUGCCUUAAGGAAGCAAAUUCUGUGGGAUCUUGCGCUGUGGAAAUGGGAGGUUAUGGGCUUGGUGAUAAUAUGUGGGGGUUUGGUAUCAGAUUGGGGAGUUCGUCUUUCUGUGCACUUGAUGGAGCGAAAUUUUCUUUUGAGAAAAAGGGUUUUGUAUUUCGUUUAUGGGUUGAGGAGGGUUGUUCGGAAUUGUCUAUGGUUGGUUCUGGUUUUGAUCGUUUGGGAAUGUAUUUUUUACCAGAAGGUUGAGAUGGAAACCCACAGUAAGGCCUUGCCUUAUGUAACCAAGGUUCUUGUAUGCCUUCUGGUGUCUACCUUGAUAUGGCUUAUUAAGAUCAUACUUGUUAAGGCUCUUGCUUCAUCCUUCCACAUGAACACUUUCUUUGAUGAAAUUCAGGAGUUGUUGGUUAAACAAUAUGUGAUUAAUAAGCUCUUGAAAGCUAAGGAUGAGAAGCCUGGCAACUUCGGAGCUGACAUCUUGGGGACAAAGAGUGGGUUUCCUGGUUCUAAGAAGGAUAGUGAGAUAUCAAUUGACCACCUAGAUAAGCUGAGUCGGAGGAAUGUGUCUGCUUGGAAUAUGAAGAUUUUGAUGGAUAAGGUUCAUUAUAGGGGACUGUCCACUCUGGAUGAGCUGAUAUUGCAUUUAGGAAUUGGGAAUGAAUGUCCGUUGGAGGAGAAGAAUGGGUGCCGGGCCACAAAGGCAGCGGAGAAAAUUCUUAAGGAUAUUGCUGCAUCGGAUCCCCAAUACAUCUACCUGGGUGAUUUGGUGCGCUUUAUGAGUGAAUCUGAUGCUGAGAAAACAAUGGAAUGCAUUGGAGGAAAAGCUGAAUGUGAGAAAAUCAGCAAGGCAACUCUUAAGAAUUGGGUGGUUAGUGCAAUUAAGGAAGGGAGGAAACUCGCAUCAUCUCUCAAUGAUACAAAAACAGCUGUAGAUGAGCUCCACCGAAUGUUGGAUGUGUUUGUAGCUGUCCUCGUUGCAAUAAUCUGCCUUCUUAUUCUCGGAGUUCCAAUCACCCAUUUCCUUCUCUUCAUAAGUUCUCAACUUCUGCUGGUGGUGUUUGUUUUUGGGAACACAUGCAAGACAACUUUUGAAGCAAUCAUCUUCUUAUUUGUGAUGCACCCAUAUGAUGUGGGUGAUCGUUGUGAAAUAGAUGGAAACCAGGUGGUAGUUGAGGAGAUGAACAUAUUAACCACCGUGUUUCUAAGGAGUGAUAACCAAAUGGUCAUAUACCCCAACUCUGUUCUUGCUACCAAGCCCAUCUGUAAUUACAAACGUAGUAUGGAUAUAGUGGAGGCCAUUGCUUUCUGUAUCCACAUCUCUACUCCAGUAAAAAAGAUUGCCACAUUCAAAGAGAAAAUAAAACGGUAUGUAGAAAGGAAGAGCGAUCACUGGUAUCCAGAUCCAAUGAUAAUCAUCAAGGACGUGGAGGAACUGAACAAACUUAAAAUGGCAGUGUAUCUUACACACACAAUGAACGGCCAGAAUUCAGUGGAGAUAUUUACUAGGAGAAGCCUUUUGGUUGAGGAGAUGAUCAAAGUGUUCAGGGAGCUCGAAAUUGAAUACCGCAUGCUGCCUCUUGAUGUGAAUAUCAGAACCAUGCCAGGUUUAGUUUCACUGGCCGCCUCCUAAUUGAAUUUACUUGUCAUGCGUGAGGAAAUAGUGAAUACACUACUUUCCAACCAAAACCCUUCAGGAUUCUCUAUGCCGUAGUAAUGCCCAUAGCUUAUAUGAGUUAAGGGCAGUGGAAUAAGUGUGGGAUGCUGUGCUUUUUUUGAGUAAUGCUCCAGGAUGGAGAUAAGAUAUUCUCUAUAAUGUCCAAGGGCAGAAACUAUUCUCCUAAGCUUAUGUGAUGUGUUUGUAUUAAGAGUUUGGAAUAUACAUAUAUGGAAUAUUAAUGAAGUGUUUUUCUUGAAUC